GCUUGGCGGGGCAAGAAAAAGUUGCCUUCAUUUCGAAACGUCGAAGGUAUUUCUACCCACAAUGCUCUGCGUCAACCGAGGUGGACAUAAUGGCCGACUUGGAGCGAUCGAUCGUUAGGUGAAUUCAUAGCGUUAUCUGGAAAAAUGAUCGGGAAAUAGCUGUCGUAACAGUCGAGAAGUCAUCUUUGUACACUAAUAACUCUGUAGGGAAACAUCUAAGCAAGGCUUGGGGCCAUUUUGGAGUCGUUUGGCCGUAUGGAGUAAAUUUACCGGCAAUCAUGUUGUACGCGUACGAGGAAUAUUGCCGAUGAAUCACAUACGAAACUUGGUCAUUUAUUGCAGAUCGCCGAGGUUUUUGUGAAAUUUUGCUACGACAGUCAUGAAUCCUGAUCCCAGAGAGUGUAAUAUCAAGGUUUUUGCUCGGUUUCGGCCACAAUCCGACGCAGAAGUUCGGGCAGGAGGGGAGAGUGUUGUUUCAACUCCAACUUCGGAUACUUGUGUUCAUGCGGGAAGAACAUACACCUUUGAUCGCGUAUUCAAGUCCAACACAUCGCAGGAAAGAGUUUAUUUGGAAGCUGCCCAGGUCAUCGUACAAGAUGUGCUCAAUGGAUACAAUGGGACAAUAUUUGCUUAUGGACAGACAUCCAGUGGGAAAACCCAUACAAUGGAGGGUCGCCUUGAUGAUCCAGUUAAUCAAGGAAUCAUUCCUCGCAUUGUGCAAGAUAUAUUUAAUUACAUUUAUAACAUGGAUGAAAAUCUGGAGUUUCAUAUCAAGGUUUCUUAUUUUGAGAUUUACUUGGACAAGAUCAGAGAUCUUUUGGAUGUAACCAAAACAAACUUAGCAGUCCAUGAAGACAAGAAUAGAGUUCCUUUUGUAAAGGGAGCGAGUGAGAGAUUUGUGUCCAGUCCAGAAGAGGUCAUGGAAAUUAUUGAUGAGGGAAAAAAUAAUCGCCAUGUGGCAGUAACAAACAUGAAUGAACACAGUUCAAGGAGCCAUAGUAUAUUUCUUCUCCACAUUAAACAAGAAAAUGUAGAAACUAAUAAGAAGCUCAGUGGCAAGCUUUAUCUGGUGGAUUUAGCGGGAUCUGAGAAGGUCAGCAAGACUGGUGCAGAAGGAGCUGUUCUUGAUGAAGCUAAGAACAUUAACAAGUCACUCUCUGCUCUAGGAAAUGUUAUUUCAGCCUUGGCUGAGGGAACGAAAACUCAUGUUCCCUACAGAGACAGUAAAAUGACAAGAAUAUUGCAAGAGAGUUUAGGUGGUAACGCUAGAACAACCAUUAUCAUUUGUUGCUCUCCAUCAUCUUUCAAUGAGCAAGAAACACGAUCAACUCUCAUGUUUGGUCAGAGGGCAAAAACCAUCAAGAAUGUUGUGGUAGUCAACGAGGAACUCACGGCUGAAGAGUGGAAGAGAAGAUUCGAGAAGGAGAAGGAAAAGAAUUCCAAACUCAGAGGAGCUCUGGGCAGAUAUGAACAAGAACUGCAAAGAUGGCGCGGAGGUGAGUCAGUCCCCCUUGAUGAACAGACGACGAACGCAAAAGAUAAUCGCAAUUCGCAAGUGUUUGAGAGUCUGGCACUCUUGGCUCCAUCACAGCCGGCUGUCAGCGAUAAGGAGAGGAAAAAGUUCGAGGACGAGAAAUCAAAGCUGUACAUUCAGCUGGAUGAGAAGGAUGAAGAAAUUCAAAAUCAGGCACGAUUGAUCAACCAGCUGAAGGAACAAAUGGCUGAUCAAGAAGAAGCCCUUAAGACAACUCAAGUUGACAGCGAAAAGCUCCAGUCGCAGAUCUCUUCCAUGCAGACUGAGAGCGAGACGUCAAAGACUGAAGUCAAAGAAGUGCUGCAAGCUCUGGAGGAGCUGGCGGUGAAUUAUGAUCAGAAGCUUCAAGAGGUUGAGACCAAAACAAAGGACAAUGAAAAACUGUCAGAAGAAGUAUCCCAGAAACAGAUGCAACUCAACAACGUCUCCAAGGAACUUUUAGAAAUUAAAGACAGUUCGUCUAUUUUGAGGAGGAGACUAGCUGAGAUGAUGAACAGCCUGUUGUCAGAUCUGGGCGAAAUUGGUAACGUUAUCGGAGGAAACGCGGCUGAAAUGAAGAAACCGAAUAUUGAUUGUAGUGGUAAUUUGGACGAAGAUUUUACCGUCGCCCGACUGUAUGUGAACAAGAUAAAAUCGGAGGUUAAAACCCUUUCAGUGCGUUCCAGUAACCUAGAGAUAACCGAAAGUGAUUUAAAGUCGUCACUGGAUGGAAAGAACAGAGAACUCAAUCAAUCACUGCUUCUCAUAUCACAGUAUGAAGCUAAGAUGAAAACACUCGAAGCAGACAUGAAGGAGAUGGAAUCGAAAAAGAGGAUCUUGGAAGAAGCCGUUGAUUCUCUGAACGAAGAAAUAGCCAAACUAAAGGCAAAAGCUCAGAUGCACGCUCUGGCUUUGAAAGACAAAGAGGAGGAGCACGCAGGCUUGCUUCACACAGCGGGUGAAAUUCAGUCUGCACUGGAGAAGCAAAUGAUUAGUCAUCGCGAGGCACACCAGAAACAGUUGUCGACUCUCAGAGAUGAGAUUGAAUUACAGCAGGCUACUAUUGCAUCAAUCAAGGAGACCAAUCAGAAGCAAGGUUUGGAGAGAGAUCACCUUAUGCUUGAAAAUGAAGCGCUGAAACGAGAACUUGAGGAGAAAUCUAGCCGAUUGGCCGAAAUGAGCAUCCAAGCAGAGAAAAGAGAACAGGCCAAGAAAGACCUCAAAGGACUUGAGGAGACUGUGCACAAAGAGUUGGCGACGCUGUAUCGACUGCGGCAGUUAUUCGUCAAAGAUUUGCAGGCCCGAUUAAAAGUGACCAACUCGGAUACUGACUCAGAGGAAGAAGGAGGAAGCCAAGCACAAAAACAGAAGAUUGCUUUUUUAGAGAAUAAUUUGGACCAGCUAACGAAGGUCCAUAAACAACGGAAAGCCUUACAGAGAGUGAAGAUGUUAAAGCAACAGAUCGAGUUUCUUUCCUAUGCUUGUUAGAAUCGAUCAGUUCCGGAGAUUUUGAUAUAUUCGAUACGUCAUUUGAGAGGCAGGGACUUCCGGUCGUCCUUUUCUUGGAAAUUUGGGGCAUUACUUUUACAAUCAAAAUAAUUUUUGUAUUGAAAUUGUCUAAAAUGUCGGGUUACCGAUUUCCUAAGGGGUUUUGGAGGGUUUAAAAAUGGAAUAAAAAGACCAGGGGAGAAAAUUAAUAACAAUUCGAUAACAAGAGGUACUUUAUUUCGCCACAAGGAAGCAUUUAAAACUAAUUUAUUUCUAACUUUACCAGAAACAAGGUAAAUUGGUCCUUCAAAUUUUCACGAUAUUUGUCGGGAUUUGAAUAUUUUUAUUAUUCAAUUCUGUGAACUGAAAGGCUACUGUUGGGUUUAUUAAUUUAACUAUUUGCGACGUGAUGUUUAGUGAAACGAGACAACAUUAAUAAGUACGCUUGUUCGAGGUCAAUAUAAUUUAUCCUCUGAUGUGUAAUCUCUACAGAUCGCCCGUCAAUGUAAUUACAUGCGUCUGCCUUCACUACCGUUUUAUAAAGUCUUUUAUUUGGAAAUUUCAUUUGUUGUUAUACUUAUUGUAAAGGGACAUCGUAUUUAAAAAAGAAGCCUGUUGAAAUUCGGUCAAUUUUUUUUUACUUGGGCCAUGUCGUGCCGAUAAGAAUUUUUUCGAAAUAUUUAACACUAAGUAAGUACUUUGAUAUAGAUCAUGUAUUAAAAAGAAGGGAAAUUUUCAAUAAAAAUGAAAAGAAU